AUGUCGUACUUUCAAAACCCUUUCCUUCCUUGGCUUGGCCCCAGCCCUUGGCCCUCUGGAAACAUCAUCACCUCCAUCACGACGACCCCAACACCCACCACCGAAAUGUCGUCCACUCCGACCAUGACCGCUGUCCCCGCCCCAGCCGAGACGACCGAGUUCCUCAAGAUAUGGGCCUACGGAGAGCAGCUCGGCAUCCUCAAGUGGUGCAAGGGCAUCGCCGGCGGCGUCGCCGUCGCCCUCCUCCUCGCCGCCAUGUUCUGCUGCUGGGCCCCCUGCAUCUACUGGUACUACGGUGGCGACUUCAGCCACCAGGACGGCCUCGACGACAUGACAGACGCCAUCCUUCGCGGCCAGUUCACCCCCGAGGGCGGCUGGAUCGCCUGGUUCCGCGCCCGCGCCCAGAACCGCGCCCAGGACCGCGGCCGAGCCGCUCUCGAGGAGGGCGCCGGCGACGUCGACCACAACAUCGGUAGCGACAACGACAACGACGCCUCAGCGGGUGACGCCAACGGCUACGCGCAGGGCGCUGGCAUGUCGACCGCUCGCAAUCGCCACGGCCAGAACUGA